GUUGAUUUUGGUGAUGUCGCAGCCACUACGUCUUCCCGAUCAUUCCAUCACCUCCCACUUGAUCUUCCCUUCCCGCUCCACUUCCUCUUAUCUCUGGUGCUCCUUGGAGAAAAGCUCUUUCUUCCUCCUUUUCCACUGCCUCAAAUGCUCCGCCUUAACUCGAGCCCUAGAUGUCACCGCCGACGUCACACCAUCAUUUACACAUAUGGUGCAACCUACUUCGCUGUCACCAACGCCUGAUUACAACAACCCGCUGAAAUCAACUCUCCUCGGGACCCAACCGACCCACUGGCGGAGACGAUGUUGAUGAUUGCCCCAUCAUCAAUAAGCUCGACGGGAGGGGAAGAAAGUGGUGCCAGGGGAAAGGGUUUAUGUUCUUUGACUGGUCGUGUAUAAGAACUAGGGUACAAGUCAAAAUGGGUUUUCGGUUUCUUGCCUGACCGAAGGACCGAAGGAAAGAAGAUGAACGGAAGCAGGGGAAGGACGAAGGUGGUAACAGGGGGCUCCGGUGGUGGCUUGGUCGAAUGCUCACAUGUCAUAUACUUCUUUUCUUCCUCUUCUUCUUUUUGAUAGAAAUUGAUAGGCUUAAGCAGGUGUUUGGGAUUGAUUCUUGACAAAAAGUUAUGAAUGAAAUGGAUUUUUGGGGUUAAUGUUUUACAUGGAAUCCAUGGGUGUUUGUUUGUUUUUGCUUGACAGAAAUCGAUUGGUGUGUUUGGUUUUUGCUUGACAGAAAUCGAUUGGGGCACGAUGAUUUUCACAAAAAAUUGCCUUCUGAAUUUGAGAACCAUGGAGAUAAAAAAAAAAACUUACUACAUACUACUUUCAUAUGUUUUUUCAGAUCAAAUUCUCCAUCAGUAUUCACAAUCCGUAAGUUUUCAGAAUAUAGCUUCACCUUCUUAAUUGUUGUUGUUGGGUUGUAACAGUUAACCACAUACAUGUUGAGUACUUGGCUUAUGGCAGGAUGUAAUAAAAGUUGUUUCCCAUAUCUCAUGAAAGUUGAAACCCCACUCUUUUGUACUAGGCUCUAUAUUUUUCUAUAUACAAUGAACAAUGAGUAAUGUGUUUCCUUUUACAAGUGUUGAUCAGGUUUCAAAAAGAAGAAAAAAAUUAGCUCUUAUAACAGAAAGGUGACAUGAAGUAAGGUCAAGUAUCUCUGAAGCUCCUGUUAAGCCAUUAGUGGAGCCAUUUUGGUGGAUUUCAAUAGACUGAUUACGCCAAUGGGCUGAUAACCUCACUUAUAGAUAAAGUCAUAAGUUGUUAUCUUCAUAUUUCAUAUGAUUUAUUCCUCAAAAGUUGUAAUUAAUUCACUUUCUACAGUAUAAUCGACAACACUUCAAUCCAAUGUUCACAUGGGAAAGUACCAGUUUCCAAGAUUUGUUCCAUGAAAAGGUAAUCAGCCAUAGCUUGGCAUAAAAUAUCUUCCAAGGUAUGUAAUAUGUUCAUAAAUUGUUCUAAACAAAAACUGUUUGUCAUGUCAUAUAUCUGAUACAGAUUGUUGGACUCAAUUUUGCAGGAUAAGGCAAGUAGAUUUGAAGUUCCCUUCCAAACCGUUAGUUUCUGCAGCUGCAAAGGACCUCAUUUGUCAGGUUUCACCUAACUCCAUCUCUCUCCCUCCAUUGGAGUUUACUAUUUUACCCUUUAGAGUUGUUUGUUUAAUAAUAUAAAUUUUUAUUAUAAAUUGAAAUGUAGAUGCUUGUGAAGGAUACUGGGGUUCAGGUACUGUGCUUUAGAGUUUCUUAAUUUAGAUUAUAUUUAUAAUUAUCUCACAAUUACUAUUCAUCAGGGGAACAAUGAAUCAACAUUGUUGCAGCAAAAGAAAAAAAAACAAAUUUGAUUUUCCUUGAUGUUUUGGAAGAUAAGAUUAUUACAAUCUUUUAUGAGAGAAGUCCAUGCAUUUGACUUUUUCAAACUCUAUCACUUAUGUGGAUAACAUUCUUGAAUCAUAGAUUCUCAAGGAAUAUUCAACAUAAAUAGUUCCAAGUUCCAACUAAACAUCAUUGAAUUAUAAAAAUAAAAAAAAACUCUUAUUUAGCUUAGAGAACAUAUUACUUUUUAGUUUUUAGUCAUUUCAUCCUCAAAUUAUUUUCCAUUUCUUUUUUCUGAAACCUAUGUGCAAUUGCAACAUCUUAUCUCAAUGUAUGUGAUUAAAAACUCUUAACCAUCAUAAAAAGGCACACGAACUUGGGUGGCAACAUUGCAAUAAGUUAUUGAAUCAUUUUAUCAAAAUUUAACAAUUUCAUUGUAAAUUAGGUUACUGAUGUAUGCUUUUAUCCUUUACACAAACAACAGUGCAACACAAUUGGUAUUAAGGGCUCAUAAAGAGCGUGUGAACUUAUUAGCUGGAUAUAUUUACGGAUUUACCCUUGGUUUCAUUUUCACAUUUAAAUCUGUAAUAUUUGCAAUUUGAUGUUACAGAUUCUUAAAGGGCUAAAUACAAGAAGUAGCAUCCUACUUUCACUCUUUCUAUUACAUCAUUGUACUUUCGAUAUUUUUCUUAUUAAGACACUGUAUGUUGAAAAACCUAUGAGUAUAUGUAAAACAUUUAAAGUUUGUUACUAUUUCCUGUUUUAAAUAAGAUUAUGAAAUACCCUCCAACCCCCGCAACGCGGGAUUCUUCCCUAGUACGAUUUGCAAACCUAUACAAGAGGUUACGCGAUAAUAAUUUUUGUGGAAUAUGUUAAAAUAUACGAAGAGAUAACAUAACUGAACAAAUAAAAUUUCAUUGAAUCAUGAUGUGUGAAGCUGCACACAUUAUUUUUAAAUUUUAACUAAGAUUUUACUUGUUGCCUAUUGUGGUGACAAAUGAGUUUAAGUUGAAUAUUAACGAUUUUAUUGAUAAAAGUUAGAUAUUGUUGUAUCCGUUGGUAGAUUAAUAUAAAGGUCGGUACCAUUAGAUAACUUCAGUUUAUACAGUCGAAUGAAAAUGUAUUAUAAGUGACCGGAUUUAUACGUAAGACACUUUUAUAAAGUAAUUAUGAAAACAUAUACAAAAUUAAAUUAAAACGUAAAGAAACUUGAAUUUAUAUCAACACAUACAUAGAAAUAGGCAAGAUUUUUUUUUUUAUAAAGUUAACACACGAAAGUUAAAAUAAUCAAAAUCGUAUUAUAUGUGAUUGACUUAUAAGUAGGAAGCACACAUAAAAAUAAACACAAAAACAUAAAAAAAAAUAUUGCGUCGAAAUGUGGACAAACUUGAAUUUAUAAUGAUACGUACUUAAAUUUUUUUUUUUUUUAGAUUAACGAACAAAAAUUAUAAAUUUAUGACGAAAUGUUGACAACUUCGAAUUUAUACCAACUCAAACAUAAAAAUAAGAACGUUAAAAAUUAGUUUUCUUAAGUUAACGAACAAAAGUUAAUAACGAAAAUAUGAUUAUACAAAAUUCAAAGUUGAAAGGGUAAGUGGCAUUUUACAAAGUUUAAAGGCGAAUGAGUCAAAACGAUAUUUUACAAAGUUAAGGGAUGCUAAUCAUUUGUGGAUGAUGAUUAAUAUGAAAUUUUACAACGACGAAAGGGUGAAGAUACAUUUUACAAAGUUUAAAGUUAAGGGGGUUAAAGUGAUAAUUUACAAAGUUGAAGGGUGGUAACAUAGGAAAAUCAUAUUAUGUAUACUAGGAAGGAUAGACACAGGAAAUUUAGAAAAUAAAUGGGCAAUAGUGACAAUCUACAAAGUUCAAAAUCGAUGGGUAAAAAUAACAUUUUAAAAAGUAGAGGGUGAAAAUGUUAUUUUAUAAAAUUAAGGGUUAAUAACAAUAGAUACAUAAAAGAAAAAGUACUAAAGUAGAAAAACAUAAAAUAAAAGGUCAGUGAAUAUAUAUAUAUAUAUAUAUAUAUAUAUAUAUAUAUAUAUAUAUAUAUAUAUAUAUAUAUAUAUAUAUAUAUAUAUAUAUAUAUAUAUAUAUAUAUAUAUAUAUACUAGCCAUUACCCGCGCACAGCGGCGGGGACAAAUAGCUUCUUUCAACGAUAUUUUUUUAAAGAAAAAUGUUAUGUUCCAAAAGAAAGUUCACGUCGUGGGUGAGAUGAAGGGCGGUAGUCGUGAUAGUGGUUGGUUGAAGGCGGAAGGAGGCAGAGCAGCUGUGGUGGUGGUGGUUAUACUGUCUUGGUUACUGGUUAGGGUUCUUCGAGAGAGUGUGCGUAUAUUUCUUACUUUGAAGGGAUUACGAAGAUAGAUAUUAUGAGAUGACUUGUUACCAAUGUAAGAGAAGAGAUCCUCUAUAAAUUGUUGACAUUGACAUUUUCAAAUGGCUGAAGUGUUGAGAUUGACGGGUUCAAUUUGCAAAUAAAUUCUUCUAUUAACUUGAUACGAGAUUUUUAGGGGAUAAAGGAUAAGAUUAAAGUUUUAAUAUUAUUAUAUUAUAAAUGGGUUGUACUUCAAGCUUAAUAGUUUGGACGUCUUAAAAAAAUAAUAUUAUUAUAUUCAAUCUAUUUAUAGAAAUAGUUAGAUUUCUUUUAUAAGUAGUAAAGAUAUAUCGAAAAAAAAAAAAUAUGGAGGUGGCUAGGCAUGAGCAUCAUGAUAACGUACCCGUCUUUGGCCAGGAAUCGGUUUGGAACCGACAAUUAUGAGAACGGAACCCAUUUGACGGGACCGAUUCCAGUUCCAAUUCCAGUGCCUAUACUUUGGAAUCGAGCCCGUUCUCGAUAUUUUGAAACCGUUACCCACUAA